AUAAUAUUCAAAAGAUUUUUUUCCAAAGUAAUUUAAAAUGUUUAAUGUUUCGUUAGAAUGAAGUGUAAAAGUCUUAAUAUUUCAGUUUGAAAAGUUUGUAGAAUUUGUUGGUAGUGGCACAGUGGUUACACAGAUAAAAUGCAUAAAAAGUUUUAAUUUUUCUUGUGUUUUUAAGAAAAAUUCAAAUCUGUAAUUACAAUUUACACUUGGGACUAAAUUAUUUUACGUACGCACAGAAACGGCAAACGUUCCUGAUAGCAAAAAACUGAUGAUGGCCAAUGUAAAUUUUGUUGUUUUAAAGAUAAAUGAUAUUAAACUUGAUCAACUUCCACAACAUCAACAAAAGACGGCUUUAAGCAUUCUUUUAAAUGAGGAGACUGAUAACGUAGUGCUCGAAUUAAAGCGAAAAUCAUGUUGGAGUACCAACAAAAAUAUAGAUUACGAUGAUAUUGAAAUUAGCAAAAAACUGUGCUAUCUUCAAAUUCAUCACAAUACACCUUUGUUGGAUAAUAAUGCCGAUAAUAAUUCCUCAACUACAACUAUAGUUUCGGAUACAAUUGUUAAUCUGCACUUACCAAGCGCGACUCUUCAGCAAUAUUUUAUGGCGAAAUCUACGCAGACUGAGGAUAUAGCGUUUUAUGUGCAUGAACAUCUACGUAGCAUACAAAAGGACACUGAACGUCUUAUCGAGCAUGAACACAAUUUAUUUGAGCAGAGUUUGGCCCCUGAAAUAGAUAUUGAGGAAAUAACUUUAAGGAAGUCUGAUAGUAAUGAACGUUUGGGUAUAACUGUGUGUUAUAGCAAUGCCGAUGACUAUACGGAGGGAGGAGGAGGGGGGGUGAAUAUUGGUGGAGAUAUGUAUAACGAAACUGUUGUAACUGAAGUACAUAUAAGUGAUAUACAUCCGGAUAGUGUGGCUGGCCGCGAUGGGCGUCUCAGACAAGGUGAUCAAAUAUUACAAAUAAACGGGAAGGAUAUUAAAACACGCUCUGAGACUGAAACACUAAUUGCCGAAAAUAACAAUGCUGUUACGUUACUAGUUAGCAGAUAUUUGUAUGCGGAUGAGGACGAUUUUAAUGACCCUUCAACAAACGAGGAUGAGGACGAAGUACUCGUUGUAGAGGACGAUGAAGACGAUGAUGAUGAUGAAGAUGAAGAAUUCUUUGAGGAAAAUAACAUGACAUAUGUUAACUGUGUGAUAAAUAAUGAUUGUUGCAUUAAUGCCGCAGACGAACUCGACAAAGCUUUAAUGUCACAAGUGGUACAACAAGAACAACUUCAGCAAGCCUUUGAAAUGCCGAGAGCAAAAUACAAUAUAAAUACUUCUUCUACCUCCACUACGCAUACAAAUCCAGCAUAUCAAAGUAGUACUCUUAAGUGUACAAGUGAUGGUCAAAAGGAAAAUCUUUCAAAAAAUGAUAGGAAAUCUUGGGUAACAACUGGCACAAAAUGUGGAAAGAAUGCAAAAUCAAAUACGCCAAAAAUAGAUACAAGUCCAAGAUUUAAAACUCAUGAUGACUAUGAAACUGAACAUAUAUAUGAAACGAUUCCAGAGGAUCCAGAAUCAGAACCAUUUUAUUGUUCACCUUAUGAUAAUUCUGUUUAUGUUACCACCAUGACCUCGUGUUCAACUUCCACAAUUACCGAUGCUUUACAACAAUUGCAACAAAAGCAGCGUGUUGAGCAAUGGUUGGGCAUUAAACCGCCACAUGAUAUUUGUGCUACGACCGCACCACGCCAGACUGUGUGCAGCACUAAUGGCGGUGGACGUUCAUCGCCAUUUUUCAACAAAAGUGCUACCGGUACAAUGCGCAGUGCCGUUACCACGCUUACGAAUGGCUCGGUUGACUAUCUUGUAACUAAUAUUGCUCUGCAUGGUAACUGUCAACUCGAAGAUCAGGAUAAUUCGUCCAGUGCUUAUAAUACUGGAGGUUCCAAUAAUAGUGUUUCUCCCCUAAUAUUAAUGGUAAAUCCUAAAAAUCGAUCUGACCAAAAUCAUACUUUAGCCACUUCUGCUAUCAAUCCGUUAACAAAUGGUGCUACCGAUGAUGGUAUUGGACUCCAACAAAUACAUCAAAAAACAUUCGCCCAGCAAAAAAUGUAUUCUCCAAAAGAUAAAUCUAAGAUAACCAGUCCCAAAGGUGGUUCAUUUCAACUUAAAAAUAAUGCAGGUGCUCAUAAAAUGGCUGUUAUGGACCUACAAACAAAUGUUUUAGACAAAAACACUACUAUCAACAAGGAACCCAAUGUUCAUCGAAAUAUGUUGUUAAAAAAACAUUUAUUUAAUCAAAAAUUAUCGUUAGAGAAAUCUAUACAACCCCACUCACUGCAACAAAGGACACAAUGUCAUUAUCAACAGCAACCAGAUCAAAUUCAGUGUCCACAGUUUACAGCUCCUAAUUUAAGCCAAUAUCAUUUUGUAAGCAGUCAAGAGGGAAACAAUUUGUCACUUAGCAACAAAAUGCCAAAGACUUCCACCACAAUAACUUCCACAAUCACCAAUAAUCCAAAGAUAGAAGAGGAGACAAUGGUUUGGAAAGUUAAACGUCGACCGGACGGUACGCGUUAUAUUGUACGAAGGCCAGCUAAAAAUCGAGUAAUUAAAGAGCGCAAUACACGUCUGAAUGUGGAACGUUUACGAAACGACAUAACUACAACGGAGGACGAUACUAUAUCGGAAAUUAAAACUGGUCGUUAUUGGACAAGAGAAGAAAGAAAAAAGCACAUCGAGAAGGCAAAAGAAAGACGACAACAGCAGCAGCAACAACAAAAUAAAGCGCAUUUGGCCUAUGACGAUUCAACUGCUGCCACAUUGUGUAUAGGUGAGGUGACGCAUAAAAUUCUAGAAGAUCCUAGUGAGCAAGACAAGAUUAAACAUUUAACAAGGCAACAACAACAACAAGCGCCACACCAACAACAACAUUACCAGCUGCAAUUCAACUCAGCCGAAGAUCAUAAACAUUCUAUAUCUAUACACAAUAUGGAGAGUCCAACAAAGAAAUCUUCAUCAACAUUGCCAACAACAUCCAAAGAGUUUUCUACCAUAAAAGCGAACAUUGAUCAAUCCGAAGUCUUAAAUACUAUUGUAUUUACAUCGUCAGAACAAAAUCAAAUCAAUAAUGCAUUGCAAUCAGUUACAACCACAUAAAAAUGUUUAUUUAUAGAACUAUAUAAUAUCCUACACCGUUUGAGAGCAGCACAAAUCAAUUUUUACACAGUUUUUUUAAAUUUAAUUAGCUUUUUGUUCCUUUAAAGCGAGUACAUACAUAAAUACGUAUUAUACUUACAAAUCAUCUAUAGAAAAACUUUGAUCUCAGAUAUAAUAUAUUACAGUUACAGAAAAGCAGUAGCACUGUUACAGCUAUUUUUUUCUAAUACAAUUGCAAACAA